AUGUUCGUAGACUACGCAGACACUUGAACAAACUGCAAGAAGAAUUAAGAGCCGCCAUCGAAAUCCUGGAGGGUAGGUACCGACGCCACAUCUUCUCCAGAAGAAACUCCAUGCUGGAGAGCCAGGUGAGAGAAAGAUGUCCAUUGCGUUCCCAGUCUUGUCCCAGCAUCCCAUCAGAAGGCCUACUCGACGACUCUGUAUUUCCUUUUCUCACUAAGUGGAGGAGCUUGAAUAGAAGCAUAGCAUUUAAGGACUCUAAUAAAGACAGACUCAAAAAGAUUGACAACAAUAUUGCAUCCCUUGAAAUAUCCCGCAUUAGAAUCAUGAACAAAGUGGAGCGGACCUGGCACAUUGAUUUCCACCAGCCUCAGCAGCUAACACCUGGCCCUGGCCACCGAGAUCAAGACAACACCACUUUACCGUCAUCCCAGGCUGCAGGACAGGACCUUAGAUCUGAGCUUCAGCCCAGUACAUCUGAUUCAUCUAGGGCCGGAGAAACAGCACGUAAUGCUACCAGUCACCCCUCAGAUCAGAGUGUACGACACCAGAUUUACAUGGGAAUCGGCCAUUCUGGAACCUCUGCACAACAGGACAAUGAAUCCCACAGUACCAGAGUGAGGGAGGAAAUGCGUAAGAAGGCGCCUACCACAGCAGUGAAGACUGUCUCAGCCGAAUCCAGUGGCAGCCCAUCUGUCUCUCUGGCCAGCAUCAGCACAGCUAUAUUUAAGACAAUGGCUGCCGGCUGUGCUGCAAUUUUUAUUUUCCUUUAAUUUUAAUGAUUUUGAACAGAAUAAUCUCACCAAUUUGAUAAAACACAAAUCAGAAUAAAGCUACGAUAAAUUCUCCUUUUAACAGCCGGUUUGCAAAUAACGGCAAAACAAAUUAAGUACGGUUGCUAAUAAAGGUUGGGGGGAAAAACUUGCUGGGGGUGUAGGAAAUACCUUUAGCCUACUAUGACAGUUUAUACAGUAAAUUAAGUAUGAUGUACCUUUCCGCAGUAUUAAUUCCAUCAAUAGAACAGUGUCAUGUUAUAACGUAACGUUACCAGACACGAAGCGGGCUCUGCACAGACUCUUUAGGACCACCUGGACCCCAAUCUGAUCUUUUAAUGGCCUCGACCCAAAGCCUGAUCCCUUCAGAAUAUUGAACAUUUUCCAUCUAUCUUUUUUACUGGUGCAGUUUACUGCACAACAACUCAGUGUCAUCUCAGCUUUGGAGUGCUGCUUUCAGCCUAGCUGCGCUUGUCUCUGUCACAACGUUGGACAGAAACCCAUCGACGGGAUAAAUUAACUAUGGACGCACAAAACAUAAUUCCUAUAGAUUAUUAGUUCAGCAAGGAAAAUCAUGUGAUGUCUGUGAGUGAGUGAGCACCUCUGCGUCUGUCCACGGAUAAUCUUGUUUUCUGUUGCAGCAAACUGCAUAGUAUUCGGGGUGCUCAGGUCCUUGAGUCUGCAUGCUCAAGGACCUCUUGUGGUUGCAGAGAUUCAAACUUUCUCUGAACCCCUGUUAUUGGCUGUUUUAUACUGCCACUGACUGCUGGCUGACUCCUCACUCACCAAUCCUAACCAGCUCCCUGCCAGUAGGGGAUGCAAGUGAUAAGACAGCUGAGUGCAUCGUCUACCCCCAGCGGCUACGCUGCGCCCAGAGACACAGAGGGGGGAAAAACACUUUGCACACUUUUAUUUUUUUGGACGCUGUGUUUGGCUAUCAGCUAACGGAAUUACCAAUCCAUGUUGAGAACAUCGCUGCCACUCAUUUUUUUUAACCUUCAACUAGCCUCAUUUUUUCCUCUUCAGUUGUUGGAUUCUGUAUUUAGUACCAGCCAGAUUAAAGCUGAACAAAUAUAUAAAAAAUGUAAAGCCUUAUAUUCAGUCAAAUUCUAGCACUUUGUCAUCCAUUAAGGAAAUUAAAGUCCAGGUAACGAUAAAUUAAUGGUUUAACGUUACACUGAAUACAACUUUACAAUCUGCGCUUGUCAGUGGCAAAAAUAAGUACUUUUAAAACGUAAAUUGAGGGUGAGGAGUUGUCGCCAUUAGUCACUUUGACACAAAAACAUGGGAAAAUAAGGUUUAAUGAUACCAGUUUACCCGUUAAGUGCACUGAUGCUGAUAUUCUGAUGAAAGAAUGACAAUCAUGUAUAUAGCUUGCUUUACAUUUGUGCAUACAUUUAUGAAAGUGAAUAGAAUGUUAUUGAUUCAAAAUGAUGUUUGCUGUAGGCCUACAAAAAAAUUAAAUUAAAUAUUUUGAAUAUUCUGGGCAAGUCGGAAAAAGGACAACAAGGUCAAUAUGUUUUUGUAAGGAUUGCCAAAUAUUACACAAAAUAUUGAGAAACAUAAGACCAAUCUCAGGUGCAUUUGCUGUUAAUGGUUCACUGACAUUAACAUAUCUGGAGCCAGUGUGUAAAGUGUGUGUAAAAUGUAUACCACAGUAGUCAAAACAUGAUCAAAGAGCAAUACUUAUUGGAUUCAGGCAAGGUGGCAAAGAAAUAAAUCUCUAUUUUGAGGAGAGGAAAGAAUACAGUGCAGGAACUAGCACAAAUGUGAUCUAGAGUAGCAAGACAAAUUUUAAACUGCCAGGAAAUGACUAGGAAAGUAACAAAUUGACUAUUAAAGCAAAUCUUUAUUUUUCCAUGACUUGCCUAAGUGCAUUCACUUAAUUGCUUUGUUUUUUACAUUCACACAUUCAAUGAUUUAUUUUAAUCAUUUAACUCAUCAGUGUAACUAAACAGUUAAACAUCUUUUUUUACCAAUACGAAUGUGAUUUUUUUGUGAUUUCUUUGUUUUUUUAGAUGUAAUCAUGUAAUCAGUCAUUUGAUCUUUUAUAUUCUGUGUGCAUUUCUUUGUGACUAUUCAAAUUUUGACUUGAUAUCCUGUAUUUACUGCUUUUAACUUUUUCAUUGGUUAAAUAAAAUUCAUAUGAAA